GAUAUCUAGGAGCGCGCUUAAACUGACAGGCUCACGCCCAUGGCACAGGACUGAUGGGAUUUCGGAAUGCUCGAUCUGUUCGCGCCACUAGCUGGAGUGUUAUUUCGUUGAUGACGGCGGAUUGAUUGGCAGCCACAGGAAGGAUUUCCACCAUCAUGCAGAAGGUGGAGAGACCAGAUCUCAUGACCUACCAACCUCACCUCACCUACUCACCACUAGACGCAGUGCGUACGCCCCGUAGAGAGAGAUCCCUCUCUCCUCCCUCCAUCUCUCCUCCUCCCUCUCCUGAGCUGAAGGUGUGUAGGGAGGAUGGAGGGUCUCCAGGAGGCUCCACAAUGCAGCUCCGAAAGACAUCCAUUCCCCUACAGCAGCAUUUCCACAGGCCAGAUAAUGGUGCCAACAUCUACAUGAAGCUGCCUAAUUUUAAACAGGAGGUCAGCAAGCAGAAGGUAAUGGGCAGCAUUAUCCAGUCGUCUAAGUUCCCAGCAGCUCAGAAACCAGACCCCAACCUGCCCUCAAAGAUAGAGACAGAGUACUGGCCCUGUCCUCCCUCACUGGCUGCUAUGGAGAUCGAGUGGAGGAAGAGGAAGGAGGAAGAGGAAGAGGGGAAGGAUGAGUUUGAAGUCCUGACUAGUGACGCCAAGACACUACAGGAGCAGGAGCUCCACAAGAUCAAGUCUAACCUGGGCAGGCUGAUCCUGAAGGAGGAGCAGGAGAAGGCUCUACUUGACAUUGGCCGCAGGAAGACGCAGUCACUGCCAGACAGAACACACAUGCACACAAGUUUCUCCUUGAAGGUGUCCUCCAGCUCAGGUCUGACCAGGGUGAGUGUACAGUGUGUUUGCAUGUGUUGCAGUAAGUGUGUGCGGGAGAAUUUAUAUAUGUUACCUCUGUGCAGAUGCAGUCUGCAGAGUUCACUACAGAUGGAAAUCAAGGCAAAACAGAAAGGAGAGGCACCGCGGGAAAGGAUGGACAGAGGAAAGUCACUGCCAAGUAUGCUGGAGCAGAAGAUCUACCCAUAUGAAAUGCUCAUAGUCACACAUAGAGGGCGCUGCAAUCUGCCGCCAGGCGUGGACCGUACCAGACUGGAGAGACACCUGUCUCCUGAGGACUUUGAGCGUCUGUUCGGAAUGCCCAUCGCCGAGUUCGACCGUCUGUCACUAUGGAAACGAAAUCAUUUGAAAAAGAAUGUUAAACUUUUCUAGCAGAAAGUGACCUUAUCCUUCACAGAAAACAGGAACCGCUCCACUGCCUCACGAAGAAUACCCCACAACACCAAACUAUCAUAUCCUAACUAACCAUAAAAAUGUCACAUCCUAACUAGUCCUAUAUCACUGUAGCCAUAUUCUUCCUGUAUGUUCCCGUCGUAUCCUCUAUUCAAUCAGAUCCGCUUUUGACGACAUCUGCAUAGCGGUUGUUUUGGAGGUGUCAGAGGUAGAAGAACUGCACGAGAGCUGUCAAAUCCACAAGCGCCUCCUGGCAUUCUACCUAAAGCGGACAUUGCCAUUGGUUGCACAGAGUUGCAUUAAGAGAAAUACCAUGUAGCCUUGUUUACAAGUUGGAACACUGGAAUGUGAGAUGUAAUCUACACCUCCAUUAGGAUGAUAGAAACCAUCAUCAUUUAGUUUAGUGAUUUUCAAUUUGAGCGUCAUUAUUUCUAUAUGGCCUAUAUUCUGACGGGUGCGGCUGCGUGACAUUGAUCAAGAGCAGCUGAUCACAUUUUGACAGCUCCAACUUAGUUAUACCUCCAAAACAUCAGCUAUGCGAGUGUCUGCUGUUGCCGGUUAAUGCUGGAUCUGAUUGAAUCUGGGCCCUAGUCUCACUGGCUUUGAUAUAGAGCAUCAGUACAGAGACAAGCCUGACCCAAGUCUUACCCCUAAUCCUAACCGACCUGAUCAUAAGCAUUGAGAAUCUCCUAGUAUCUACUGCCUCCCCACCACAUACACACACACACAGAUGUACAUACUGUACACACACUAUCUAGCCACACAAUAAUUAUCACUGCUUUUAAUACAUUUAGAAAUGUGAAAAUAUUAUAAUUUUGAUAGUAAAUCUACAGUGCAUUCGGUAAGUAUUCAGACCUUCUCUUUUUUCCACUUUGUUACAUUACAGCCUUGUUCUUAAAUGGAUUUUUUUUAAACAUAUGUUUACAUACAGUG